CUGGGAUGAAACGGACGAGGCAGCACGAACCAGGAACUUAACUCUUUCCGGAGAGUUGUGAGGAUAUUAGCUGCUCGGUUUCCGAGAAACUCGCGGAGCCCAAGUUGCAGAACUCAAGCUCUUUGCAGCUGAGUACCUCGGUUCAGUCUCACUAACAGUCCGCAUCCAUCACCUGAACGCAGCUUCCCUGGCCGCCUCGAGCACAGACUAGCUCGAUCCCAUUAGCCCUUCCUUCUCGGCACAGAACUGAGCGGUUCCCAUACCGACCGAGGUUUAUACGCCCACAACCUACCUUGGGUAUCUAGGUGCCCGCCAGACGAGCCGCCCCAAUCAUGCCGGCUCCUGAGGGCGCCGAAUCCCCCGCCGUCAACGGCACGGCAGCCCCCGAGACGGACGGCACGAUCGCAACGAGGGCGCACUAUGCGCCGCCAUGGGCCGAUGUCAGCAUCAUAGGCAUCGCCGGCAGCUCUGGAUCGGGCAAAUCGACGCUGUCGCACGCCAUCGUGAACAAGCUCAACCUGCCGUGGGUGGUCAUCCUAUCCAUCGAUUCGUUCUACAAAAGCUUGGACGAGGAGUCCUCGCGGAAGGCGUUUCGAAGUGAGUACGAUUUCGACGCGCCAGAUGCCAUAGAUUUCGAUGUCCUGGUAGACCGACUGCGUGAUCUCAAAGCCGGAAAACGUGCCGAGAUUCCCGUAUAUUCUUUUGAGAAACACGCCCGGCUGGAUAGGACGACGUCCAUCUACUCGCCCCACGUCCUUAUCCUUGAGGGCAUCUUCGCCCUCUACGAUCCUAGGGUCCUUGAGCUCCUGGACAUGAAGAUCUUCUGUGAGGCCGAUGCAGACACCUGCCUGUCAAGGAGGAUAUUGCGUGACCAGAGGGAUCGCGGUCGAGAUCUCGAGGGCAUUAUCAAGCAGUGGUUCACCUUUGUGAAGCCCAACUUUGAGAAGUAUGUCGAUCCUCAGCGGAAGGUGGCCGAUAUCAUUGUUCCCCGCGGCGUCGAGAACCAUGUGGCCAUGUCCAUGGUUGUACAGUUCAUCCAGCAGAAGCUGCUCGAGAAAUCAACCCACCAUCGCGCAGCGCUUACCCGGCUAGAGCUCGAGGCGCAGUCAGAGAAGCUUUCUCCGAAGGUGACGAUCAUGAAGCAGACGCCACAGAUGCAGGGCAUGAACACCAUCAUCCACGACAUUGACACGUCCAGCGAGGAUUUCAUCUUUUACUUUGACCGCCUCAGCGCCCUCCUGGUUGAGCAGGCGCUGAACAACAUCCCGUUCGUGCCGGUCGAGAUUACGACUCCGCAGGCACACACCUACUCCGGGCUGCGGCCGCGGGGCGAGGUGUCGGCCGUCAUCGUGCUACGGGGCGGGGCGGCGCUCGAGGCGGGCCUGCACCGGUGCAUCACGGACUGCAAGACGGGCCGGAUGCUGAUCCAGAGCAACGUGCGGACGGGCGAGCCGGAGCUGCACUACCUGGUGCUGCCGCCCGACAUCGACCGGCACGAGGCGGUCCUCCUGCUGGACGCGCAGAUGAGCAGCGGCGGGUCGGCGCUGAUGGCGGUGCAGGUGCUGGUGGACCACGGCGUCCGGGCCGACCGCAUCGUCCUGGUCACGUACAGCGCCGGGCGGAUGGGCCUGCACCGGCUGACCAAGGUGUUCCCCGACAUCUCGGUCGUCGUCGGGCGGGUGGUGCCGGAUAUCGAGGAGCGGUGGGUGGAGAAGAGGUACUUUCGGUGCUAA